AUGGAGGCCAUCACGGCGCCCCUGCAGCUCAUCAGGAGCCUCUACGCAGCGCAGGCGGUCGGCCAGCCUGCAGAUGGCGAUUUUGGCGUCAAGGAGCGGUUCAGCGCGCUGCUGGCCGACCCGCAGCUGGCUGCGCAGGCGAGAGCUCAUUCAAAUGUGCACCGCAUGCGGGUGGUGCCCGUGCUCACGGAGGAGACGGUGGAGCUGCUGCCCAACCAGUGCCUGGUCAGGUUCAGGGGCAUCGUGCAAGACAUGCUGAACCCCGAGUAUUACGUGGGCGAGUACCGCCGCCCCGACGGCUCCUGGGCAACCGCCAAGUAUGCCGACCAGCUGGCAGAGCCGCUGCCGGAGGGCGCGCUGGGCGGCGGCGCCGGCGAGUCGCGCAUCGCCGAGCGCCGCCCGCUGCUGCUGGCGCCGGUGCCCGGGGAGAGCGGGUGGGCGGCGGCGCCGCUCGCCGCCGUCGCGCGUGCCUCGCUGGCGACGGUGGCGCCCGCGGCGGCGCCCGCCGCCGCCGCCAAGCGCCCACGCGAGGACGCCGGCGGCGACAGCGAGAGUGUCAGCAUGAUGGUUUCGGAUGCCACGGGGCAGACCACGGCAGACGACGGAGACAGCGCCGCCAGCCGCGCGCGCCGCGCCGCCGGUGCAGGCGCGGCCGGCGGGCAGCCCCAGGAGGCCAGCAGCUCGGCGGCCGCUCCAGCCGCCGACCUGCCGCCCGGCUGCUGCAUGGCUUACGUGUACGAUGAUGCUGAGGUGAAGCUGAACGAUGUUGUGGAGGUGGUGGGGGUGCUGAGCCGCGUGCCUGAGCUGGCGGCGGCGCACCUGGCGGCGGCGGGGCAGGAGGGGCAGCCCGGCUCCAUGCUGCUGGACGACAUCCUCUCCUCCCACCUGCCCACCUCCAAGGCGCCCCGCCUGCACGCCAUCCUGCUGGCACCAGGCACGCGCCUGCCGGGCGUGGGGUGCGGGGGCGACGUGGCUGCGGAGGCGGAGGCCGCCCCCGCGCCGCUUCCUCCCUCGGAGCUGGCGCAGGCGCGGGCGCGCGCCCUGGGCUUCCUGUCUCAGGUCCUGGGCGGGGACGAUGUAGCCGCCGAGUACCUGCUGCUGCAGCUGGUGGGAAGGGUGCACCACCGAACAGCUGAGUCGGCUGUGGGCCUGCAGGCCUUGAAUCUGGUGGUCGAGCCAAACAGCGCCGCCGACGCUGCUGCCGCCGCCGCCGCCACCACACCUGCCGCCGGCAGCGGCGGCUCCACCCAGCAGCGCCAGCUGUCGGCGCUGGGCGGCGGCGUGGCGGCGGCGGCCGCCGCGCUGGCGCCGCGCUGCGUGGCGCUGCCGCUGUCGGUGGCGGCGCUCAAUGCGCGGCCCUGGUGGCCCCGCCGCGACCAGGCCACGCAGCGCCUGGUCGGCGGGCCGCUGCAGCUGGCGGGUGGCACGCAGGCCCUGGAGGCGCUGAUGUGGCGCCAGCGCGUCGCCUACGACUUUGAGUUCUUCUCCCUGGACCAGCCCGCCGACGCACCCGUCACCGUGCUCAGCCUGGGCCGCUCGCUGCUCAAAGACGCGGCGGGCGUGGCGGUUCCGCUGCGCCCGACCGCGCCGCUAGCCGACGCGAGCGCCGUGGCGGCGGCGGCGGCCUCUGCUGACCUGGAGCUACUGCGCGCCUACCUGGCGGCCGCGCGCGCCGCCGACUUUGCCAUACCUCCCGACAUGGAAACUUUCCUGCAGCAGGAGCUGGCGGGGGCUCGGCAGAAGGAUCGCGACGUGAAUGAGCGCACUUUCCACGCCUGGAUGAACCUGGCGCGGCUGCUGGCGCUCAGCCACGGCGAGGCGGCGCUCACCCGCGAGCGCUGGGCGGCCAUGCAGGCCCUCGAGGGGCGCAGGCUGCAGCGGCUGAAGGUCAGCCAGGAGGCUGACGGCUGA